AUGUGGCACUGCAUGACGACCGAUGAGCAUAUAACUCCGAACGAGCAAAACAUUCUGUUCCGACUAUACACCCGCAACAACAAAGAUCAAUCGGAGUUGCUGUACCUCAACACCGCAGAAGAGGUGGAAGCUCUUCGUUCAAAAGUGAUGCGAAAAAAACGUGGAAAACCUCGCUCACUGAGCAAAGACGCCAUCAUUCAGUCAGAAUAUUUCAUCGUCAAUGCAGACAUCAAGAUCCUGAUCCACGGCUAUUCGGAAACAAUUUCAAACACAAAGAUGAUAGACAUAAAAAACGUCUACCUGGAAAAAGGCGAGUAUAACAUAAUCGUGGUGGACUGGGGACUCCUGGCAAACAGUACGUGUUACGUCCACGCAGCCAGGGCUGUUUGCAAAGUUGGAGACAUGGUUGGGCGACUUCUGGACCAGCUAAUCCUCUCCGGAGUGUCCUUGACCUCAAUUCACAUAAUCGGUUUCAGCCUCGGUGCUCACGUCGCCGGCUUUGCUGGCAAAAACGUCAAGCUAGGUGUCAUCGAAAGAAUCACAGGUACACAAAAUAGUCUGCCUUAGAUUCUUAAACAUUCACAAAUUCUUGAUUACACCCCUUGUGUGGUCAAAAUUUCCGAAUCCCAUGUUGUCGGGAUAUCACGAAAAUCGAAUUAUUCUUACACUACAUACGGAGAUAAAUGCGUCCAAUCAAUUCGCGUAUUACAGUUCUGAAAUUUUUCAAAGAGAUGCUCGAGGAAUACAAAAUUCUCUCAAACAACACAAUAGAUUUUCGGAGCUGGCUCAGGUGCCAGGGCACUUAAUAACACCAACAUAUUUUUGGUUUUUUUUUCUGCUCAGUAAACUGAGAAAUAGAUAUACGCAAGUAAUCCAUAAUCUGGGUUAAUUAGGCUUUCAGACACGGUGACAGAACGGAAAGAUAUGCGAAAAUGGAAUUGUCAAGAAUGGUACCCAACAAACUUGGUGGAUGUGAAGUUAAGAUUGCUUUCUUCUUUUUACGUAACUAGAUGUCUUCGUUCUCUAAAGAGAAGGCAGUAGAAGUAUUGAUAACUGAACGAAGCAGUAAAACUUCACAUCCAAACCAUACCUAUCUACAAACUCCACGACGGUAUAUUAAAUUUCCAAUUAUUUCCGUUCCCGUGUCCUUGAUAAAAGAUGUCUGCCAACCCCAUGUUUUCUUUCAACAUCUUGAACGCGCCGGCUCAAUUAACCAACCCACCGAAGAUGAUCUCUAUCUCUGAGUGAGUCUGAGGUAUUGUGUGGUUGACCCAGCCGUGCGGUCAGACUCUUUCGCACCCGUUCCGUUGGACGAAAGCUUUCUCUUCUUGCGGGAGUUAAUUAAAAGUUUAUAAAUCUCGUUAACGAACGCUACCAGGUUUGGACCCGGCUUU